AGAGAGAGAGAGAGAGAGAGAGAGAGAGAGAGAGGCUGAGGCGCGGAGCUCAACAUCAUCAGUCGCAAUAACGGCUUAAUCAUUCCUCACCGUGGACGACCGACACCAACCUCAGCAUCUUAAACGCUUUAUUAGACACAAGAAAAGAAAUACGCAUUAAGAAAACGACACUUUUCCGGCGGUGCUGGUGAUUUUUGGUGGAUUUUAAGUGGGAAGCGGUGAAGUCCACCCGGCGGCUCAACACCUUCCGUCACACCGCAGGACAAACUUCACCGGACACACUUCAGACGCACCAUGAAGUACAGCUACUGGAAUCUUUGAAUUGAGCAGAGGAAGUCGAGACAAGAAAGCCUGGUUUGAAGAAAAAGAAAGCAAAAACAGAGGGACGAAAGAAUAAGUUCAUUGGAGAAAAAGAGAGACGAAAAGACGGGGACAAUGGGGAGGAAAAAGAUUCAGAUCACACGGAUUAUGGAUGAACGUAACAGACAGGUGACGUUUACAAAGAGAAAGUUUGGCCUGAUGAAGAAAGCCUAUGAGCUGAGCGUGCUGUGUGACUGUGAGAUUGCCCUCAUCAUCUUCAACAGUACUAACAAGCUGUUCCAGUACGCCAGCACAGAUAUGGACAAAGUGUUGCUCAAAUACACUGAGUACAAUGAGCCGCAUGAGAGCAGGACCAACUCCGAUAUUGUUGAGACCCUGAGAAAGAAGGGUCUAAAUGGCUGUGACAGCCCAGACCCCGACGCAGAUGACUCGGUGGGCCACAGCCCAGAGUCAGAGGACAAGUUUCGUAAAAUCAACGACGACAUUGAUCUGCACAUGAUCAGCAGACAGAGGAUAUGUGCGUUGAGCAAGAAGGAGAACAAAGGCGGUGAGAGCCUGGAGCUCGAGUCUGCUCUCGCUCUCACUCCACGCACGGAGGAGAAAUACAAACAGAUUAACGAAGAGUUUGAUCUAAUGAUCAAGACUCAGAAGAUACCUGCUGUGCCCUCUUCCACCUACGAGAUGCCCAUCCCCGUGAAUAACCAGAUAUACCCAGGCAAUCAUAACCUGCUUCCACUGGCUCACCAUGGCCUGCAGAGAAACAGCAUGUCACCCGGGGUCACACACAGACCACCUAGUGCAGGUGGUCUGAUGGGCACUGAUCUCUCCACUGGCGCAGGCACCAGUGCUGGAAAUGGAUAUGGAAACCACCGUAACUCUCCGGGACUUCUGGUGUCCUCCGGAGGCAUGAACAAGAGCAUGCAGGCCAAGUCCCCUCCACCGGUGAACCUGGGGAUGAACAGCCGUAAACCUGACCUACGAGUUCUCAUCCCACCCGGGGCCAAGAACAACAUGCCCUCUAUUAAUCAGAGAAUAAACAACUCUCAGUCCGCACAGUCACUGGCGACCCCUGUGGUUUCUGUAGCGACCCCUACUCUACCGGGACAGGGAAUGGGCGGCUACCCAUCAGCCAUUUCCACCUCAUAUGGUACUGAAUAUUCUCUGAGCAGUGCGGACCUGUCCUCGAUAUCCGGCUUCAACAGCGCCAACACUCUGCAUCUGGGUUCAAUGAGUGGAUGGCAGCAGCAUCAGAUCCAGAACAUGCAGCACUCUGCUCUCAGUCAGCUGGGAAAUUGCUCUAGCACUCACUUAUGUCAGGGUUCAAAUCUGUCCCUGCCCUCUACUCAAAGCCUGCACAUCAAGUCCGAACCUGUUUCUCCUCCUAGAGAUCGAUCCAGCAGCACCACGCCCGGCGGCUACGGCCCGCUGCCGUCCCACCAGCAGCACCAGGGCCCGCCCCCGCAGGGGCGACAGGACUCGGGCCGCUCCCCGGCCGACAGCCUCAGCAGCUGCGGCAGCUCGCAUGACGGCAGCGACCGCGACGACCACCGUCCCGACUUCCAUUCGCCGUUAGGAUUGGGUCGGCCCGGCCUGGACGAGCAAGACAGCCCAUCCGUCAAGCGCGUCCGCCUCUCGGAGGGGUGGGCCACAUGAUAAGCCUAAGCCUAAGCCCCCCUUGUGGACAGCCCCGUCCUCGAUCUCGACCUCCCCAUGCGAAGCGGCUCGCGCGCUAAUCAUUGCUCUCCCUUGUUCUCUGAUUUGCUGUAGAGAGGGGGAGGAAGUGCUCUCGAAAUUACCUGUAUUUUUUUUUAUUAUUAUUAUUAUUAUUAUUAUUAUUUUAUCAGAGUGUGUCUGAUAUACAUAUUGUUGUGAUUGACUGGGUUUUCAGGGAGGGAAGCGGGAAGGAGGACUGAUACGCCGGGGUUGGGGAGGGUUUAUUGGGUGGGGUUACUAUGCAUAACUUGUGCAGUGUGUGGAAUACAAUGUAAAGAAUUACCAUAUAUGCAUAUAUAUUUACACGUUGUGUAGGUGUACAUGUAUGCAGAGUAACAAACCAACAAAAAGUGUCAGGUACUCUUGGAUCUUCUUCUUCUUCUUCUUUUUUUUUUUUUUUUUUUUUUACAUGCCUCAGUGGCGUUCAGCCACGAGAGGAGCACAGCAGAGAGCGUAUCGCGGAGGUGACAGCUUAGCACUUGAGUUGUUGUAACCAGUACAAAAUGUACAGAUUCCUUUUUUUUUUUUUUUUUUUUUUUUUAGCGCCAUUCGCUAAAUGUAUGUUAUGGGUGACAAUGUCAUGUUGCAGGUUCAACGUUAUUGUACAUAGAGAAAAGGCUGGGACACGGGGGAAGGGUCAAGGUUGCUGAUUUCUCACGAACAUAACUGUUAUGCAAGAAUUUCGAAGGAUUGUACAGAUAUAUGUGCAGGUUCUUUGGUUAAGUUAUGGGGGAGUGGGUAUUUCAUGAAAAAAAAAUCAAAAAUAACUAAUUAAAAAAAAAAAAAAAAAAAAACUCUCCUGCUGAAGGAAAGGAAAUAGCGGGACGGAGAUGAAGGACUUUAAAUUAAGAGCCAUGUUACUUCAGACAUUUUAACCUAGGAUUUGCAGUUGUUGUUCAGUAUUAAAAGAAGAAAAAGAGAAAAAAAAAAUUGUAUGAUACACUUGCUUAUAUUUUCAUAUCAAAAAGGAAUACAAUGCAAAGCAUUUUUGUGGCUUUUUGUAGUUUAUAAGAGCCAGAAUGUGUUUUGAUAGCUUUGCUUAUAUGAGAAACGAUAGUAAAAGGAUGAGAAACCUUGGGCUUUUCAAACCGUAAGCCAUGACAGUGAACCCUUGCUUUGCUCAAUGUUUUUUUUGUUUUUUUUUCUUUUCUCUCUCUCUCUCUCUCUUUCUCUCUCUUUGUAGAAGUUUUGUUUUUAAACGUGUAUUUCUAAGUAUAUUGAAUAAUAAUAUUAAGAAUCUUUUUAAAAAAAAAAAUCUGUGAAAUUAACAUGCUUGUGUAUAGCUUUCUAAUAUAUGAAUAUAUAUGAUAAAAAAAAAAAAAUUAUGGUCAUAACGUUUUCCCCGUUGCGGGGAUGUGCAGUUGCACACGUUUAAUCGUCUUUCUUUCCCCCUUCUUUUUUUCCCUUCCACCGGACUGAGUCUUUCAGGGGCAAAUGCGUUCAAAACGAUGCUUUCAAAUUGAAGUCGCACUCAUAAAUAUGCCCCCCCCCUUUUUUUAAUAAGCACAAGGUAUCCACUUUGCUCUGGAAUACUCACAACCUUUCCAGUGUCACAUUAAUGGACAUUGCACUGAAGAUUUUAUAAUAUAAGACAGCACAGUCAUAGAUACCUCAUGACUGCUCGUGUAAGCUUGCAUCAUCAUUUAGUAGAUUGUGACUAGUUUUGUUCAAUUGAUAUAUACAUAUCUAUCAUUGUGCAUUCUGUGAUUUUGACAGGACAUAUGUUAGUCUGUUUUUUCUACCAAAGACAAAAAGUGAUGUUUCGUUUGCCGAUCCAUUCUCCUUUCUGGGUUUGAGACCAUUGUGUUUCUUCACAAGUUGUUCAUGCUAGUGGCUGGUACCUCUGACUCACCCUCCCAGUGCCUCAGAUUACCUUUCAAUGAGUUGGUCUUGUUGAGAAUUGGGAACAUUCUCCUCUAACUAACAAGUGUACAGUAUUGUGAAAAAUGCCAUUGUUUGUUAUAUAGAUUUCAAUUGUCCAUAUAUGACUCUCCGGUUGUUUUCUUUCUUUUUUUGUUAUUUUUUUGUUGUUUUUUUUGGUUGACCUUUUUGUUUCUCUCUCACUAUCUCUCUCUCUCUCUCUCUCUCUCUCUCUCUCUCUCUCUCUCUCUCUCUCUCGAGUGUUGUUUCCAUUAAGUAUAUAAAUAACAAAAUAAAAAUGAAAAAAAAAAAAAUGCUGAAAAAUUCUGUAGUAACAAAUGUAGCUUGUAUAAACCUACAAUGGGUAAGGUUGAAAGAAAGUGUCUUUUUUUUGUUUUCUAACCAGGAGAAAGAGGCUUUCAGCGGCACAAGCUGGACUUUGUCGCCACUUGAAGACAAGAUGUCAUUAAAUUAAACCACAUCUCUGUAUCUCAAGGGACUUGAUUCAGCUGUAUGUAGUAAAAAUUAAUGUAUGGAAUAAAAAUUGUUUCUCCUGCUGGGACUAAAAAAAAGGUAUUUGUAUUUUGCAGAGAAUUCAGUAAAGUUACUGGCUUUCUUAGUUACA